CAAAUCAGCCACUUCAAGAUAACAAACAAAUUAUUCAUCGACAGAUUGGAUAUAAUUGAUGUGGAUGUUGGAAAUUUUACCCCAUUGGCAGCAGAGGGUCAGCAACUCUUCAUCAAUUCACAAGCCAUAACGUGGAAACACAACCACCAGGUCCCGGUGUCUGAGUGCUCUGAACAUUGUUUACCAGGAAGCAGAAAAAAACUGAGAUCAACAAAAUAUCCGUGCUGUUAUGACUGCAUUCCAUGUUCAGAAGGAGAAAUAUCUAACGAUACCGCAGCUGAAAGCCAACAUCUCCUGCUCCAGCUGCAGCAGUGA